AUGGCGAUGCCGAAAGGAAUGUUGUUAUUGGUGAGAUUCAUAGUUCCAGUCUGCGAGCACAAAACAUUUUGCGAGGUUAUUCCGGAAUAUCCAACAGAAUUAGUAAACGACGCGUUGCAGAACAAUUCUCGUCUUAAUUUGCAUGGGCGUGCCGAUGAGCUGGAUACAUCUGGGCGACACGAAGACGAGCCCGAAGAAGAACCACUCUGUGUAUCUACGGAACUAAUUGUAUUUCCUAAAUCAGGCCUUACUAAACGCAACAAAUGGAUGUACAUCGUGAACCACAAGAACUUGACACAGGCGGUGCGUAUUGAAACGUGCAUGGAGGAAGACAAGCCGUGCAGAAUUAUCGAAGGCUUCGCCGAGGGUUACGUGUCAAAGUGCAGACAGAAGUACAUAUAUCGUCAACUUCUAGCGGUGUUCCCAGAUGGCUCGAUCAAUCAUGAAUCCUUUCGAUUUCCGGUCAGCUGUUGCUGUCAUGUCGAAUUUCAAGGUGAUAGAUUCUUAAAAGCAUCUCACGCCGACGAUUAA